AUGGAUGCACAUGUGGGGAUGAAUGGACUGGACUCCUUUUCUAUGCGGGUUGCACUUGCACAUCCAUCCAAGUGCAGAGCAGCCAUGGACGUGAUUCACAAGUUCAUCCAUUUGGUGCUCCCCCCUGUUAUCGUCGUUACUCUGUGUCUCAUUCUUCCUUUCAUAUUCACAAUGAAGCUCGUCUUUUCUCUCAUCAUGAGACCAUCGCCUCUAUCUGGGGAGAACAUGAGCGGAAAGGUUGUUCUCAUUACCGGUGGUUCUUCGGGUAUCGGAGAGCACCUUGCUUAUGAAUAUGCCAAGGGAGGAGCUUCUCUGGUCCUCAUUGCCAGAAGGGAGAAUAGUCUAAGAGAAGUUGCUAGGAAGGCUGUUGGGCUUGGUUCCCCUGAUGUUUUGGUUGUUGGUGCAGAUGUUUCCAAGGUAGACGAAUGUAAGCAAUUUGUUGAAGCAGCUGUGAACCAUUUCGGCCGAUUGGACCAUCUUGUAUGUAAUGCCGGGAUCAUCAGCUUCUGUGCCUUCAAAGACGUAACCAGUAUCGCCAGUUGCACAUCUCUCAUGGAUAUUAACUUUUGGGGAUCAUUUUAUCCCACUUAUUUCGCUGUUCCACACCUGAAAAGGAGCAAAGGCAAGAUCAUCGUCAAUGCUUCGUCAUCUGGCUGGAUGGGCUCACCCGCAAUGACUUUUUAUGGUGUAUGA